CAUUGAAGUAUUUAAACAAUAUGAAAGAACCAAAGGAAAAUUAGCUUGUUGGAUUAUGACAUUACAGUCAUACAAUUUCGAAGUAGAACAUAGUUUAGGAAAGAAGCAUCAGAAUGUAGAUGCAAUGUCUAGAAUAAAAACAGGAUACUGGGAUUGA